UCCUGUGGGGGUGUGCAGAUGUUGCUGAGCGGGUGUCAGCGAUGGCGUCAGCACACGACAGAGCGGUCCUGCAGGCCAUCUUCAGCCCCAACAGUCCCUUUGAAGAUGUCCCACAGCUGGAAGUGGACCAGGACUUGAUGGAUGAAGACGCUUCCUUUGACGCCCUCAAGCUGAGGGAAGUCAAGGACUUGGAAGGACGCGGAGUGUCGGCGGCCGAGGACGGACGCUUGCAGGAGGCUCUCCACAUCUUCUCUCAGGCCAUCCAAAUUCUUCCUCAGCGCCCGUCCGCCUACAACAACCGAGCUCAGACCCUGCGACUGCUGGGCGACACGGCGGGUGCGCUGGAGGACUUGGAGCGCGCCAUGUCUCUGAGCACAGGUGCAGGUGUGACCUCCCGCCAGGUGCUGGUCCAGAGGGGUCUGGUCUACAGGCUGCAGGGUCAGGAGGACUCGGCCCUGGCAGACUUCCAGAAGGCGGCGGCGCUGGGCAGCGUCUUUGCCCGCCGGCAGCUGGUGAACAUGAAUCCUUACGCCGCGCUCUGCAACUCCAUGCUGGCACAGGUGGUCCAGUCCUUGUGUGACCCUCAGGUGUCUGACACAGGUGGGCCAGUCCUUGUGUGACCCUCAGGUGUCUGACACAGGUGGUCCAGUCCUUGUGUGACCCUCAGGUGUCUGACACAGGUGGUCCAGUCCUUGUGUGACCCUCAGGUGUCUGACACAGGUGGUCCAGUCCUUGUGUGACCCUCAGGUGUCUGACACAGGUGGGCCAGUCCUUGUGUGACCCUCAGGUGUCUGACACAGGUGGGCCAGUCCUUGUGUGACCCUCAGGUGUCUGACACAGGUGGGCCAGUCCUUGUGUGACCCUCAGGUGUCUGACACAGGUGGUCCAGUCCUUGUGUGACCCUCAGGUGUCUGACACAGGUGGGCCAGUCCUUGUGUGACCCUCAGGUGUCUGACACAGGUGGGCCAGUCCUUGUGUGACCCUCAGGUGUUUGACCCUGACCUUUGACCUCGGCAGAUCAAUAAACUGAUUGGUGUUUGAAAUCC